AAAAACGUGUACGGAUACUAUUUUCAUCUUAUACCAAAAAAAUAUUAAAAAAAAAUAAAAAUCAACGAAACCAUCCCCAUAUACACAUUUUCCCACAACCAUAAAACCCCCCGCAAUCCAAUUUCAUUUUAUUUCAAUCAAAUUUUUGAAUCGUGAUUAUUAUUAUUAUUAGGGUUUCAAUUUUGAUUUUUAAAUUAAUUAAAUAUAAAUAAAAUGGCAGCAGCGUAUGCUGCCUGUAUCCGGGCCGGAAUUAGACUCCGAUCCGUUCAGGCCAUCACUUCGUCCUCAUCUGCUUUCAAAACCACGCUUAUUCCAUCUUCAUCAUCGCAUUAUUAUCAUAAUAAUAAUAAUAAUAAUAAUGAAUAUAAUAAUAUAAAUAAUUAUAAUAAAUGUUUUUCAGAUGGGAGGAGGGGGAUAUCACAAUUAGUUCAAUCUAACGGCAAACGUUUGUUCCUUGUUGAUACUCUUGCCCUUGUUAGAAGGUUAGAAGGACAAGGAGUGCCUUCGAAGCAAGCGGAAGCCAUUACGUCUGCGAUAACUGAGGUUUUGAAUGAUAGUUUGGAAAAUGUGGCCCAGUCUUUUGUUUCCAAGGCUGAAAUGCAAAGGAUUGAGAUGACUCAAGAUGGUAACUUGGGGAAGUUCAAGUCUCAAGUACAAAGCUCUCAGGAAAAUCAUUUUUCUUUGCUGCAACGCGAGACAGAAAAAUUGAGGAAUGAUAUAGAGAAGAUGCGCAGUGAGUUGAGGUAUGAGAUUGACAAAGUCACUGCUGGACAGCGUCUAGAUUUGAAUCUCGAGAGGGGGAGAAUUCGUGAUGAACUAGCUAACCAAAACCAAGAGACUACUAACCUUACAAACAAACUUGAUCGAGAAAUCCAUUCUUUAAGGGCCCAGCUAGAAGCAGCAAAAUACGAUGUGAUUAAGUACUGCAUAGGUACCCUCGUCUCGAUAUCUGCUGUUGGUUUGGCCGUGCUCCGUAUACUCAUGUAAACUGUCAUAUUUGCUAAUUGUAACAAUUAGCAUUAACACAUAGAGAAAUAUGAUACGUCAGUUUCACGCGUUUUAUUUGUUCGUGAUCAGUUGAUAAUGUAGCAUAACUGUACUAAUCUUACCAUUGUUCUUGCACAAAUGCCAAGACUUGGUAGAUGUUGUGUCUCUUUUAGAACUUGAAAUAUCUUUUUGUUUUUGGUUUUUAAAUAGCAUUGAUGUAAACUGGAAAAUCAAUAUUUGAUCUUUCUUUGUAGUUGUCAAAACUAUGAAUUAGUGUUUACCGGUA